UUACACACACACACACACACACACACACACACACGUAUAUACAAACCGAGUCAACUCCCAUUUCCACAUCACAUACUACAUCCAGCCGUUCAGACAGAAGAAUCAGCACCGCUUCUCUGUCUUCUCCCUGAAGUUCUGAGGAGCACUGUUUCUGCAGUUUGUGUAUCCCCGUGGUUCCUGACUGAACGUGUAUCACCAUGGCAGCGAUUGGAAACCGUGGCACGGUCUCACAGGCAUCUGAUUUCGAUGCUGAAAUCGACGCAGAGAAGCUGAGAGCCGCCAUGAAGGGAGCAGGCACUGAUGAGGCAGCCAUCAUCUCCAUUCUGGCUCAUCGUACGAUUGCACAGAGACAGAAGAUUAAGGAGGCGUAUAAGGUGUCUGUAGGAAAGAAUUUGGAGGAUGACAUCAAAUCGGAGCUGACCGGUAAUUUCGAGAAGGUCGUGUGUGGGUUGCUGAUGACGGCCCCUGUUUACGAUGCCUACGAGCUGAGAAACGCCAUCAAGGGCGCUGGAACUGAUGAAGCAUGCCUGAUUGAGAUCCUGGCUUCAAGGAACAACGCUGAAAUUAAGGCUCUUGCUGCCACCUACAAGAAAGAACACGGCCGUGAUCUGGAGGAUGAUAUCACCGGAGACACGUCUGGCAUGUUUAAGAGAGUCCUGGUGUCCCUGGCCACGGCCGGGAGAGAUGAGAGCACUACCAUGGAUGAGGCACUCGCUAAACAGGAUGCCAAGGAUAUCUUCGAGGCUGGUGAGGCACGCUGGGGAACAGACGAGGUCAAGUUUCUCACCAUCUUGUGUGUGAGAAACAGGAACCACCUACUUAGAAUGUUCCAGGAGUACCAUCAGAUUUCAGGCCGGGACAUCGAGGACAGCAUUAAGAGGGAAAUGUCGGGCUGUCUGGAGGAUGUUUUUCUCGCCAUAGUGAAAUGCAUCAGGUGCAAGCCGGCUUACUUCGCCGAGAAGCUUUACAAAUCUAUGAAGGGUUUAGGCACCACUGACAGCAUCCUCAUUAGAGUGAUGGUUUCUCGGGCUGAGAUCGACAUGAUAGACAUCAAAGCUGAGUUCUUGAAGAUGUAUGGAAAGACUCUGAACUCCUUCAUCAAGGGGGACACAUCAGGGGAUUACCGAAAGAUCCUUCUGGAGCUUUGUGGAGCAGAAAUCUAAGGCACAAGUCCACUCCGAUUGCUAUAAUAUGACAUUAGGAAGGAGUGUGUAAUGUGUUUACUUAACGUAAUCUUGAUCAAUAACAUGUAGCUAACGUGUGUUUGUGUGUUUUCGGUCCAAACAUUUAGCAAAAUGAUGUCCAAUAUUUCAAACUGUGUAAUGCCAAAUAAACUGGGAGGUGCUUUAAUUUCCAAAUUA